AUGAAAGCUCUUCAUUUAUAUAAAUGUCUCCCUUCGGCUAGACGAAUCAGUACAAGUUCUGCAGUUUAUUGGCAAAAUUAUGAAAACGAAAGGCAUUACGAGCCUGGGGAAGAUGUCCUGAACCGAACAUGGCAUGGCCUCACUUAUGACUUUCGAAGAUGGAAGCGCAGAUACUUGGAAGCAAGGAAGGAUGCUUUCCAACGUAGAAAUACUAUAGCUCACAUGAAACGGUCUGUAUUGGAUAAUGAAGUUUUUCCCUUUCGAGCGGAAAUCCUUGUCAUUGGAGGAGGUCUAACAGGUUCAUCCACAGCUUUUUGGCUUAAGCAGCGGUUCAGAGAUGAAGACUUGAAGGUAGUGGUGGUCGAAGAUAAUUCAAACUUUAUGGAAGGAGACACCAUGAACUCUAUUGGUAGUUUCACGCAACAGUUCAGCAUACCUGAGCACAUCGAAAUGUCCCUGUUUUCAGCAGAAUUUCUUCGUCAUGCCGGAGAGCAUUUACAAAUCUUAGAUAAUCAACCUCCUGAUAUCAAUAUUAUGCCGUCCGGGUUUCUGCGACUUGCCUGUACUAAUGAAGAAGCGGAGGUUAUGCGUGAAACAUGGAAAGUCCAAGUUGAAAAGGGGGCUCGCGUUGUUUUAUUGAAUAAAGAAGAGUUGGCUUCACGAUUCCCUUUCAUAAAUUUCGGCGAUGUCGUUCUUGGAUCUUUAGGAUUAGAAAAUGAAGGCGUGGUAAACACAUGGCAACUUUUAUCAGCGCUGAGAGAAAAGAAUAUAACUUUAGGCGUCCAGUACGUUAAAGGACAAGUUCAAGGUUUUGAGUUCGAGCGAUUACGCCCUAAAGCUGAAGCUCACACUAUUUCGGGCAUAGACGAAGCUGAUGAGGAGAAAUGGAGAAGUCAGAGAAUAACUGGUGUCCAUGUCAAGCCACAGAUGACUGAUGCAUCUGCACGACCCAUAAGGGCUCAUUUGAUUGUUAAUGCGGCAGGGCCAUGGGCUGGCAGAGUAGCAGAAAUGGCGGGAAUCGGCAAAGGAACGGGAUUGCUAGCGGUCCCUGUACCUAUUGUUCCGGUGAAUCGUCCUAAAUUUGUAGUUCACGCCCCGGACGUACCACCAGACUUACCGAUACUGAUUGAUUCAUCAGGUGUUUUUUGCCAACGGACAGAUUUAGGACACACUUUUGUAGUGGGUAGACAUUCAAAUGAGGAAGUAUGCGACAAGGAGAUAAAUUAUGACUGGUAUUUCGAUAACAUAGCACCUGUGUUAGAGAAAAGGAUACCGUUCUUCAAAUCUGCCACGAUCAAAAGCGCUUUCUCGAGUGUUGAGUCACUCAACACCUUCGAUUCUGCCCCAAUCAUCGGAGAACAUCCACUAUAUAAUAAUUUAUAUAUGAUGUGUGGAUUCGGCUCAAGGAAUGUCAUGCAUUCUUUGGCUGCUGGCAGAGCCUUUGCGGAAAGGGUUUUCGACGGAGCUUACGUUAAUAUAAACUUGCGCAAAUUCGAUAUGAGAAGAAUAGUUAAAACAGAAAAGCUAAUUGAGAAAUUAAAAAUAUAA